AUGAUGAAUGUACCCGAACCAGAUGAUAGUUAUUAUUUUGAAAUUUUGAAAAAUGAUCAGCGAGAUGAAGUUUUGCAAUUUUUAUUCGAUAAUUUUGUGAAGGAUGAACCUUUGAAUAGGGUGAGUUUAUUUGACAAUACUUGAACUAAAAUUAUCAAUAAUCUCUUUUUCAGGCUGCGAAUAUAACAAAUGAAGAGAUUAGAAUAUGUCUGAAUUUGGGAUUAGAUCGAGCACUAAAAAAUGAAAUAUCUAUAUUAGCUCGUAGCAAAAUUGAUAACAAAAUAGUUGGUUGUAUGAUAAAUUCAGUUUGGAAUCGAAAUGAUAUUGAGAAAAAGAGCAAAGAUGUGAAAGAAGAAGAUUUCGAAUUCAAAACUUCUCGCAAACAAGUUGAAACUAUUGGAGAAAUAUUGAAUGAUCUACACGAAUCAUUUUGGAGUACACAAGGAGAAGAUAUUCAAACAGUUAUUCAUUUGUAAGAAUAACAAAUAGAAGAUUAGAUCUAAGAAAUCUCAAUUUUUCAGCGAAAUUUCUUCUGUGAAUAUCCAUCAUCGAUUCAAAGGAAUUGCAUCAAAAUUCAUGAAUUUUACAGAAAACGAAGAGCUUUUAAAGGUAUUUUUGAAGACUUGUUGAUUUUCUCAAUUGAUUAUUUUUUUAGAGUGUUUCUGCAUCUGGAAUUGUUGCUGAAGUGACGUCAUUUGGAAAUCAAAGAUUGUUAGAGAAACGAAAUUAUACGGUAAAUUAUAGGAGGAAAAUCAGAUUUUUCGUCAAGGACUACAGAUUCACCAAAUUUCCGAAGACAUAAAAACGUGAACUUCUUACGUGGCAUAUCUACUAAUUUUAAUUCAAUUUUCCGUUUCAGACCCUAUUAUCGACUCCUCUAUCCUCAAAACUAGACGAAAAUGGUGAACAAGUUUUGUCGUGUGACGAUGGAACAACAGAAGUUCGACUAAUGUUCAAAAAAAUCUUAUAA